AGUCCUCCAGAGGAAGGAGAACCAUCAUUCCUGGAGUGUGUGUUCAGGCAGACAAACCCAGAGGUUAUGUGAUGGGCUUCCAUUAUCGAUGUUUGGCAACCUGGGCAGAAGCUGGGGUGAAGGUUGAACAGUAAAGAAGAUUAUGGAAAAUACUUCACUGCAUGUUCAAGGCUCCCUCUACUUAUAUUCCACAGUUCUGUGCAGUGAUAUCAUAGGGUCAUGAGGCUGGUGAAAGGGACCAUCUCAUAAAUACCUGCAGUUAGAUAAUGUUGUGGUCGAUUUUAUACCUUGAUUUCAAAAGCAUACACGUUCAAGACAACAGAGACAAAAUUUAAUGGGCGCCAGAGUGAUGUGGAGCUUCUUGAGGCUUCAGUGAAUGCUGUGUCCAUAACAAUGAGCCUAGAGAGCGAUCAAAAAAGCACCCACAGUACCAGUUACCAGGAUCACCAAGGCGGAAUGAAGAACGACAACAAACAGACCCUAUUUGUACCUGACGGAGAUGCCAAUGCCAACCAAAUCCGGGCAGAUGAAAAUGGGACCAAGGACAUGAACGAGAUGAGAGAUCUGGCCGCCCUCCCCCCACUGGUGUCUCAAAGAGACGAGCAGGACAAGAUCAUCAUCUGGGGGACUGACUCACAGUGUGACGACCCCGACCUGGAGGAGUUCGAGAUGCUGGAAUGUCUGGAGCUUGAGGCCUACCUGGAAGAAGAGGAACACAAAUCCGAGAAGGUCAUAGGAAACGGGUCCAUCUCGGAGAAAAGGCUUGGCUCCUACGAUCAAAAUGAGGAGGUGAUGGACAAGGAGAUGAACCACAAUGGCGAAGAGGAUCGAGCAGCCACGUGGAACAUUCUGGACCCAGAAUCUACUGUGUCCCACUCUUCGGUGGGCAGAGGGAAAGCCUUGUGUCUAAGUACAGCUGACUUCAGUUCAGAAAAUGACAUCUUUGUGUCCUGUGUUUCCACAAUGUCCAUUUUUGGGGGGAGUUUUGCCAGUGCCCUGGACAGCACUGGGGAGGUGCAGACUUACGAGUCCCAGCACAUUUCAACUGAACCUUAUAAAACCAUCUGCGAAGACCUCUCUUUGGCCUCCCAGUCCAUCCCUACUAAUCCAGUGAAUGCUAAAAGCCCCCGACGAGCUGAACACUCUUGUCGAGAAGCUUCAGAAACCUCUACGUGUGUAGAUGUGAAUCUGAACUCGGCCGUCUUAUUACAGGAAUGUAAUCUGGAAGCACAGACUAGUCUAAGUUUGCAGAAAAGUCCAUCCUUUGAAAAUAGACCCAGUCUGCCGACUCAUUCCUUGGAAGAAUGUACACAGGAGCCGAUGGACGCCGCUGAUUUGGAUGUUAGUCUACAUCAGGAGCAGCUUCGGCAGAUAGAAGGACACAUCAAUGGGAAUAAGUUCAAGCCGAGUGAUGAUUUGUCCUCAGUGAAAGACUGUAAUGAAAAUACACUUUUUAGCAAAGAACAGUUGCCCCCACCUAACAGUUCUGGUGGAGACCAGCCUAGAAUUGCCCAUGGCCCUGAUCCCAGAACAGAGUCGUGUAAGACAAGUCAGAAGAUGAAUGACAGGAUUUCCAGAGACGAAGAAGCCUUUGACAUGAACAGCAAUCAGAAGAAGGGGCAGCCAAUCAGAGCGGCUGCCCAAGCCCCGCCCUCUGACUCCAUAGUCCUUAGGAAGCAGGGCUCUUUUGAACACAAACGCAUCAUUAGUCCAAGCCUGGAGAGGAAAGCCCAGCUGGCAAGGAGGCCCUGGGGAAGCCCCACACGCCCUACAACACCACCAUCACCCAAGCCUAUUGGCUCUCCCCAGAGAAGGCUUCCGACGUCUCCGGCCAAGACUGCUGGUGUCCGAGCUGUGACCCAGGAGCAUCAGGAUGACCUGCGGCGGUCCAGCGGCAGCCCAAAGCCUCCCAGUAAGGUGGGCUCCGCCAGUGGCAUCCCCAAGGCCAUCCCUCAACACCCUGCCCGGCCAGAGGAAAGGCGCGAGCCAGAGAAGCGGAGUGGAAGCUCCCCACCGCCUAACUACCCACCCAAACCCAAGAACGUGCGGCCCAAGAUCAUCACCUCCAUCCGCCGGAGCCCACAGGCAAAGCCACACCUCCCAGAUGUGCCCUAUGAGGCCUCCACCGCCCCCCCGAGGCUGACCACACAUGCUGGCAGUUCGCCCAGCAGGGAGCCCAAAGCAGGCGCCCCUGGCAGGGUUUCGGCAUCGUCCGGCCCCUGCAACCUGCCCCACGACAAGCACCGGCAGGAGGUGGACAAGAGCCGCUGCUACAGCCCGGACCUGCUGGUGUCUGGGGUCCGACCCCCCGGCCACUCUGCGCCCCAGAGGCUGACCGGGAAAUCAGAGAGUUUCUGUGAAGAGCUCACAGAGAAAUACUCGCGGGAGAGAAGCCAAGGCAUAAGCAGCUCGGAGGGUCCUGGGUACGAGGACCCAUCAGCCGGGGGUCGGCAGAGGGCUGUGGGAGGACUCUGCUCCCCCAGGGCCCUGCGACCUCAGCUGGGCCUGGGUGUUGUCACCAGGCUUCCCUCAGCCAAGACCAGGACGCUCUUAGCGGGUCAGAGGUCCGCCCUGCCCUUCGGCCACCCUGCCCGGGCUGCCAGUCCACCGGCUCACUGGUACCAGGAGGCCACAGGUGAGCCGAGGCGAGCCCCCCCGGAACCCGCCCCCAGGUCCCUGCUCCCACAGCCAGGGGUGUCAGGCCUGCGUCUGCCCGGCUACACCCGCCUGCCCACUGCGAGGGUAGCCACCUUCGGCUUCAUCCGUAGUGCCAGCGUGACGUCCGUGUCCAGCGAGGGCCCCCAGAAUGACCCCAACCGCCCCUUCCACCGUCUCAGCAGUGGCAGUGAUGACCCCUCCCUCCCUAGGACACCCGCCCCUGGUGAGGCCCAGCCGCAGGCCCCGGGUCGCAGUAGCCCGCACCCCCCCGGCGCCCCCAUUCCUCCCCGCCGCUCUCUGCUGCCCCCACCACGUGGCUCCCCCCUCUCCUGCAGGAAGGAGGCGCAGAAGGACCUAACUGGGGGUGGAGGCCGCCCCCUGGUGUCGUCCCCAAAGCGCUUUGCCGCCGUGCCGCCCAAGACGCAGUCCCCAGUGCACACGCGGCAGAGGCCAGCUUCUGGCGGCCGAGCGGGCGUCUCCUGCACCCCCACGGGCUCCCCGCGGCGCGGCGUCCCCGACAGUGAGCGGCAGCUGCUGCACCUGCGAGGCCGCUGCCAGGAGCAGGCGCAUCAACUGCAGGGCCUGCGGGCGGAGCUGGCCAGCGCCACCUUGGGCCUGGACGCCUUCGCCAUAGCCACGAUGCAUUUCCACCGCAUGAGCGAAGAUGCCCUUGUGAAGCAGAGGGCACUGUCCCUGGAGCUGGCCAGGAUCAGAGAUGAAGCAGCCUCCAGUGUGCUGCGUUGGGAGCAAUUGCGGGAGGACAAGGAGGAGCUGGAGCAGAGCUGUGAGCGCGAGCUUCAGGCACUGCGGGUGCAGCAGGAGGCAGAGCUGGGGGCACUGGAAACAGGGCUGACAGCUCGCUACACGGCCCAGGCAGGGCGGCUGCGUGAGGAGCAGCGGAUAGAGCUGGGGAGGGUGCACACGCAGCACCAGGAACAGAUCGAGGAGAUGAAUGGGAACCACGAGGCGGCCCUGUCAGAGAUGGAGAAUGCACAACUGGUCGCCAUGGCAAUGCUGCAGGAGGCGCAUGCCAAGACGUUGAUGGAGCUGAAGGAGGCCCACGAGCAGCAGCGGAAGCAGCUGGAGCAGGACUUUGAGAAGCUCAGGCUCUCGCUACAGGACCAGGUCGACACGCUCACCUUCCAGAACCGCAGCCUGCGGGACCGCGCCAAGCGAUUUGAGGAGGCUCUGCGAAAGAGCACCGACGAGCAGAUUUUGGAUGCUUUGGCCCCAUAUCAACACGUUAAGGAGGAUCUGAAGAGCCUGAAGGAGGUCCUGGAGAUGAAGAACCAGCAAAUCCACAAGCAGGAGAUGAAGAUCACUGAACUGGAGAAGAUGACCCAGAAAAAUGUGGUUCUGGAGGAGCGAGUGCAGGUCUUGCAGCAGCAGAACGAGGACCUGAAGGCCAGGAUCGAUCGCAACAUCGUCACGUCCCGGCAGCUCUCGGAGGAGAACGCCAACCUGCAGGUAUAUGUGGAGCGGGAGAGCAAUGAGAAGAAGCGGCUGAGCCGCACCAACGAGGAGCUGCUGUGGCGCUUGCAGACGGGCGAGCUGAGCCCGCGUAUGUUGUCGCCAACCUCCUCACCAGGCCCCGCCUCCCCUGCCCACCAUGCUGCCCUAGGCCCCGCCUCCCCUGCCCACCAUGCCGCCCUAGGCCCCGCCUCCCCUGCCCACCAUGCUGCCCUAGGCCCCGCCUCCCCUGCCCACCAUGCCGCCCUAGGCCCCGCCUCCCCCGGCCACCAUGCUGUCCUAGGCCCCGCCUCCCCCGCCCACCAUGCUGUCCUAGGCUCCGCCUCCCCCGCCCACCAUGCUGUCCUAGGCCCUCGACGGGAAGCCUUCCCAGUCACCGGCUCUCCCACAUGGUGCCACAGCUGA